AUGCGGAAACGCAACUCCAUCGUCUUCAAGCUGUUCGAAGGCGAGGAGGAGUACGUCCAGCAGCUCAUAACUCUCGUCACCUGCUUCCUGCGACCGUUUCGCAUGGCAGCUAGUUCCAAGAAGCCUAUCAUUACCCACGAGGACGUCAAUUCCAUCUGUCUCAAUGUUUCCCGAUGCCUUGGCAACACCGAUACACCACACGGCAUUGUUUUUCUUUUCUUAGGGGACCUCUUCGACAUGCUGCUGCCGAUGUUGGGGGUGUAUCAGGAAUACGUCAGGAACCACCACUACUCCCUCCAGGUGCUGGCUGAGUACAAGAUGAAAGAGGAGUUCAACCGGACCCUCAAGAGGUGCGAAGAGAAGUCGCAGUGCGAGGGCCGUUCCAUUGAGUCCUUCCUCACUUGCCCAAUGUACCAGAUCCCGCGCUAUCUUGUGACCCUACAUGAAAUCCUUGCCCACACGCCACGGGAACACGUUGACAGAAGGAAUUUGGAGUUUGCGAAAAGCAAACUAGAAACGCUCUCUCAGGUGAUUCACGACGAGGUGAGCGAAACGGAGAACAUUCGCAAAAACCUCUCCAUCGAGCGAAUGAUUUCCGACGGCUGCGACAUUCUGCUUGAUGCGAAUCAAGUUUUCGUGAGACAAGGCACACUUGUCCAGGUGAAAGUCGGCAAAGCCAGCUACUCGUGUCCACGAAUUUCCCAGCUUGGCUCGACGUCAUGCGAGAAAAAGGAGACACUGCGUCAGGUUUUUCUCUUUACCAAUCACCUCCUUAUUGCGACAAGGACAAAUUCCGGAAGGUUAAAACUGGCGAAGAAGUAUGGGAAGAUUCCACUCCAGGGCUGUAACCUGAUUGAAGAUCUCUCUUCGGAUGUUGGUCAAGACGAAGGAAGUCACGUCACUCUGCCCCCAGGUACCCCGGAGGAGUUGAGCCCAACUUCCUUGACCCACAGUGUCCAGGAGGACACGGCGUCCACUGCUAAGGCACCUCAAGCAGAUACGGUCGAGGUGCAGCAGACAUCGUCGCCCACAAGUCCUUCCACAAGUUUAAUGCCUGCUAAAUUGGCUCACGGUUCGCUGAUGCUAGCGGCUCUCGCUUUAGGUCCGACAGGAACGGAUACUGGCGGGAAAUCGAAGCUAGAGCAAUGCACCGGGAGCUUCGCCCGCAAGAACAUAGCUGAUGAGUCAGGCGAUGAUCUUGGUUCGCCGGAGCAUCACAGCCUCUCGAGAACGACGACUUCAAGUCUCGGUAACGGACCGUUUUCAACCUAUAAAAAUCUCGUUUUCCAAAUCACUUGGCCUGGAGACGAGAAUGGUCGGUGUUCGAUUUGGUUGGUUGCGUCGAAUCUGCAGGAGAAAGAAGCCUGGUGCUCCGACAUCAGUCAGUGCAUCGAACAGCUUCACUACAGCGAAACAUUAAGCAUCGCCCAUUCCGAGGUGUCAUCCAUUUCAAUGCCAUAUUCUAUCCGCCUAGAUCCGGGACUAUUCAAGGACUGUCCAGACAUAAAAUAUCGCUCCACCAAAAACUCGUGCAAAAUGCCGCAGGUCCGUUACGGAACACUGGGUCGUUUGUUGAGCCACCUCCUGGACCCUAGGUUCCAGUCGAUCGAUUACUUGAAUACCUUUUUACUUACCUACCGCGUCUUCACCACUGGGUUCACUCUGAUCGCUGUACUUCGAUGCGUUCUUCGCGACCCCUUGAUCCAACUUUCGUCGACCAAAAUUGAUCCUGACCUGUUAGAAUCCACGCUUCAAGCCAGGCCGGGGUGGCGGCGAGCAAGUAAGUUACACGCCGACCUCUCAAUGCAUUCUAGCUUCAAGGGGCCACGGAGGGUCUCGACGGGAAUGCUCGAUGGCUCCAAACACCAAAUCUUCUUCAUGCCUCGCAACCUUGAGGAGAAUUUACCUGAGGAGGAGGAACGAGAAAGUGAGCUUGUGUCUGGAGAGGUCGACGCCGAGGUUCCAGAAACUUCUCGCGGAAGAAGUGCUUCGGUGGGCAAUAAGGCUACGGUGUUUCGUUUUUCUGAAGGUGGAAAUGUUUCCAAGAGCACCACUGAGACGAUCUUCUUCAACAGUCCAUCUACAUCUACGCCGACGAUUCAGGAAGAGAAAGAUGAGCUGCACUUCAGCCGAGCCGCACUAAUACCGAUAGGGGAGGAGGAGAGGGACAACGAGAAUCCACCGGUGGACUCAAUUCGCGUGGCCAAAUCCAAGCCAGCCCCUCUUCACUUAAGUCCGUUGCGCGAGAUGGGAGCUGGAAAUACAGAUUCAGCAGAUGGUACUGGGAUACAUUCCGCUGGAAGUGAUCUCUACUACCAGAAGUCGAUAGAGGUGACGCCACCGCCCGCAAUUUUUGUGAAUAAGGACAAUGGCGAUGACGGGCAGACGUCGGACGCAACAUCUACGUGCACGACUGGCAAUAUUCUCACGCCAACUUAUACCCCAUCCAUUGUCGAACGUCGCUCCCUUGCGACGUCGGUUCCAAGCGUCCUUGAAAAUGACCCUGAUGACUUUAAACUAUCAGUGGAAAGUGAGUUUGCUGUGGUGCAAAAGCGGCUUAACAAGGCAGAGGAGCCACGUCAGCUACACCUACGACGGAUCUUCAUUCCGAAGGGCUCCCAGAGCUGGUGCGAUUAUAACUUCAGCCCGCCUCUCCAGAAGAAGUUUUGUGGUGGUGGUGGUGGUGGUGGUGGUAGUGGAGGUGGUUGUGGACGAGGCAGUAAUGAUGUAACAUGUGCUGGUGUUCUGGAGUGGUGUGGUGGUGGUGGUGAUGGUGGUGGUGGUUGUGUGUCGGCGGUGUUGUCGUGGUCAAGCAACUGGGCGGCAGUGAAGGCCUUCGCGAUUGCCACGGCAGCCAGCAACUCAAGUCGCCUGCGGCCCCCGUUCCCCUCCAAACUGCCAUCUCCCGGAGCCGCAUCAGGCGUCCCUCUGGGAACUCCCAAGCCCUCUUAUUCCACCGCGCCGUCCUCACCUCUCAAACACACCGCUACAGCUGUCGCCUCUGGUGCCAUAGCAACCACCAGGGCAGUGCCCGAGUGCGAGCCCCAGUGUUCGAGGUUACCGUCUGCUUCAUCGAUUACUUCGGACGGCGGAAGAGAGACCCUAUUGGCUGGGCUGACUGUAGUCAGGGUGCUGAAUGUUGCCAGACACUGGAUUACCAAAUAUCCCGAGGACUUUGAUGGAGACCCCACGCUCAAAUCGAAGAUGCAAAUACUGCUAGAGGAGUUGCUUAGAAACCCACGAUUGAACGUCUCCAACCGAAAGGUGGCUUUCCAGCUUUCGAGAGAGAUUCUUAACGACCAGCUCGUGGAGUCACGCGUCGACCUCGCCCUCCUAAUGACUCCAACUCAGGUAAACCUCACUCCUUCGAAGGAGAACUUCGACACCAUUCCAGCUCUUGACAUUGCCGAGGAACUGACCUACAUCGACUACCACAUCUUCCGCUCAAUCAGGACCGAAGAGUUGCUUAAUCAGGUGUGGAUGAAGGACGGGAAGGAGACAAAUGCGCCCAAUGUCAUGCUGGCGACGAAGCGCUUCAAUGAGGUCAGCAAACUGGUUGUCUCAGAAGUAAUCUCCCGAAGCGAGGUUCCCGAGAGGGCCGCGUGCAUUGAGAAGUGGAUUGCCAUCGCGGACAUCUGCAGAUGCCUCCAAAACUACAACGGAGUCCUACAGAUCUGCGCAGGCCUGGAGAACAGUUCUGUGCAUAGACUCAGAGGCACGUGGGAGGCUGUGAGCAAGCAGUCGCGCCAGUCGCUAGAGAAGUUGCUUACACUCGUUGCCGCCACCGCACGCUUCAAGAAUAUGCGUGAAGCUCUGCAUAGGUGUGACCCACCGUGCAUACCCUACCUCGGCAUGUACCUAACUGACUUGUCGUUCAUUGGCGAGGGCUCAUUGGACGUUACCGAGCACGGAUUGAUUAACUUUUGCAAAAUGCGAAUGUUGGCCCACGUCUUGAUGAAGAUCCGGAGGUACACGCAGUCACCGUACAUGAUUGAGAUCCGACAAGAAGUUGUUGACUACCUUCUGGACCCAACACGCCUUCUCACCGACGACCAGACCUACGAGGCCUCGUUGAACAUCGAACCGAGGAGGUCUUUCAAUCAGGAACCCACGGCAGGAGGCGAUUUAGCUUCAAGGAUAUCAGAAACUUGCUAG